UGCUGUGUGACUUCUUAGACUAAGCCAUAAAAGGCAUUGAGGCUUCUUCAUCCACCUCUCUAUUGAAUGGCUCACUUUGAGAGAGACCAGCCACCAUUUGUGACAGCAGUGAAGCAGCCAGCGGAGAGACCCAAAUGGAGAACAACCGAGGCCCCGUGCCAACAAACCAGCACCAUGUGAGUGACCCAUCUUGGAAGGACAUCUUUCAGCCACAUCAAAUCUUCCAGUGACUGUUGCACCUGGCCAACAUGCUGACUGUAGCUUCACGACACCCUAAGCGAGAACCAGCCAGGAAGCCCCUCUGGGAGCCUCUCCCGAGCCAUGGACAACCCCAGUCUUCCAGAUCUCCAACAGCCUCUGCUGGUGGGUGUAGGCGGUGAGCCCCCUGUCCAGAAGCCUGGCGAGCCUGAGCCAGGGCCUCCCUUUCAAGAGACAGCCUUUGCAGAAUCACUGAGGGAUUGGCAGUUCCUGCCACCAUCUCUUCCUUCCGUGAGUGCUGUACUGGGGGAGCCAGGGCUCCCCGACCUUGAGGAUGUGUCAUCCAGUGACAGUGACUCAGACUGGGAUGGGGGCGGCCUUCUCUCCCCACUCCUGCCCCACGACCACCUUGGCUUGGCUGUCUUCUCCAUGCUGUGCUGUUUCUGGCCCGUGGGCAUUGCCGCCUUCUGCCUGGCCCAGAAGGGGCCGGCCUCCCAGCGCGUCCGCGGUCGGAGUGGAGAAUCCAGGUGGAUGAGGCGGCGGCGGCAGCAGCGUCCAAAAAUGGGGAGUGAGUCGGUUCUCCCCCUCCCCCGCACCACCCUUCCUGGAGGCCGCAAACAGCGAUUAAACACCAGACACUCCUGCCGCCAAACCUGUGUCUGUCUGUGUGGGAAGGCGUAAGGGACGGGCCGCAGUGACAGGGUGCCCCCCGGGGUGCUUCCGGACACCUCGGAGCCAGAGAAGAGGGAAUCCGAGGAAGCUCGGCGGGCUUCCAAAUUGCAGAAUAUUCUCUUCACAACGUGGGUGAUAGGUAGAGAAUUAGAGAAAGCCAGGUUCCAAGGCCUUCCUCCUCCAAGUUCACUGUGUAACCUCUGCCCACGUACCUUCUGAGCCUCACUUUUCAUCUGCAAAAUGGGACUAAUUUCUCCCACACCUGGAGCAGUUCUGAAGACUAAAUGAGUCAUACCGUGUAAACAGCAGCCCCCCCACCAGAGCUCCUUCGCCAGCAAAUGGCAGAAUCCAACUCAGACUGCCUUACACAACAAAAGGGAAGCUGAGGGAGAACUGGAUUGAAGGCCUCAGAUAAAAUAGUCUGCUCUCCCCAUCUCUUGGCUUCACUGCACAGGCUCCGCCUCGUGGGGGAGGAGAAUGGAGCAGGCAGCUCUGGUAUCCCAAAGGUCCUCUUCCCCAGGCACCCUCUCAGUGGCCCACCCGGGCUAGGAGGCAGCCCCAUCACAUAGCCUGAGAUUGGGAGGGAUGGGGCCCUCAGGCCUCAAAGUGCUGGCACUCUGGCAGGCAAAACAGCCCUGUUCUGAGCUUAUCAGAGGUACAUUAAAUGGAGCCUGAUAUUACCAAGUAAUAAACUGAGAGUGGUUUAGUUUUUUCAUUCCACUUAAUGCCAUCUAAUCGUGCUUCUUAGAAGAAAACACUAUUCCGUUUGUGCUCUCCUGCACGUCUUCACGGAGUGUAAUUUCAAGGUAAAGAUAUUUAUGCAUUUCCUUCUUGUUUACUGGGGAUGAAAAUGACACCUGCUCAAAGGGGCAAUUGUGGGCAGCGUGUGGGCCAGUUUAAGCAUGUGAAGUGUGCAGCACAGGGCCCCCAGAUGUGUCAUAAAACCCUACACGUCAGUGGCAGACAGGACCUGGCAGCCACGUGGCCCACCUGUGGGGACGUUAUGCCUUGCUGGAUGCUAGCGUGAUCUUGGCUCCUGACCCCUGAAUGGGAGGGUGGGGAUCAGUCAAAUCAGAACUGAAAAUACACCCAUUUCCAAAAGCCCCUCAGGGGGUGCCAUCACCCCCGAGAGAGAACCAAGAGGCCUUGGCCAUUUCCUUUCACAGACAGGGACCCGAGGUCCAGAAUGCGCUGGCACCUCCAGUGUGUCUGCACAGUGAGGGCUCUGGGUCUGGACCUUUUUUUUUUGCCCGCACCAAGUGGCACGCGGGAUCCCCAACUAGGGAUCGAAGCCGUGCGCCCUGCAGUGGACGCGUGGAGUCUUAACUGCUGGACGGCCAGGGAAGUCCCUGGGUCUGGA